UGGAAUAUAGCUUUCUAUUACAAUUGUCACAUAUAUACAAACAUUGGCGUUUGUGAUAAAUCUACAGGUCUACCGUAUCGUGUUAUUAUUACAUAGGGCAAAAAAACAAAACAAAAUUUCAAGGGACUUUAGUGCAUUGAUGGGCCGCGUACAGGGAUAAUGUCUCGACAAAGUUGUUCGCCGUUUGAUGAUGUGAUGGCAAUAAAUGAUCAUACAACAACAACAACUUCAGAUCCUCUAGUCCCAUCCUUUAUACCAGAUGAGGAAUGGUUAGAGUUACAGUUAUACAAUGGUUAUCGUGUAUGGCACAUUAUUUUUUUCAUCAUGACCGUCUUCUUUACACUAGUGGUGUUUAUGUGCUGUUGUGUAAGAUUUCGAAUUCCUAGGACUAAACAAGAGAUAGAAGCUGAUUUUGUACGUCGUAAGAUUGCGACAAAAUUUUGCAAACAAUUACGACUAUUGAGUGAUACCGAAAUGGACAACAUGGACCUGUUAAAAGCACUAAAACGACUUCAGUCAGAGCUUGAAAUUCCUAGCAACGAAACAGUAGAGGAGUCUGAUGAAGUAUUAUCAUCAACUAAAACUGCCUCGCCAAGUUUAAAAAAGUCUCCAAAAUCAUCAGAUUUUGAUUCUUCUGUGGAAAAGCUAGACGAAGAACCAGAGAAUGUACUGAGCGGUCGUCUAGCAACAUUGGUCAAUGUUUUGAAUGUUAUGAAACCACGUCGUAAACAUAUAGCUGAUGAAAUUACACCAAAUCUUAUAACAGUUUAAAUUAAAUAAUAAAGUGUCUUAGUUAAUAAAUAAAAAUUAUUUUUAAAAAAUAUUAUGAAUUAUGUUGCAUUGUACACAAAGUUUAAAGUAAUGACAAUUAUAAGUAAUACGUGAUGAUUUAUGUGGAUUUAAAUGGAAACUGAUAGCUAUAGACACUGAUUUAAAUUUUGAAUUAUUUAUUCAUAAAUAUGUUUUGUUUUGAAAAAAGUUGUACUGCGAAUAACAAAAUUCAUAUUUAAUUAGUGAUGAACAACAUUUCAAACACAAUUAUGUUUUGUAAAUGUUAAAUCAUGUAUUAAAUGCAGAAGACCUGAUUACAUUAAAUAAAUUAUUAGAUAUUAUUAAUGGAUAUUUAAAAAUAUUCUAAAUAUUCUAAAGGUAUUGAUAACCUAGUUGUGUUAUUUUUUUAAAAAUAAAUACAUUAUUUGAACAGAGUUAUAAAUCAUAUUUAUUUAAGAAUUAAGAUCAAUACAUUAAAUUGCACUGCUCUAUAACUAUUUUAUUUUUGAUUAGUAUAAUAUUUUUCUGAUUCAGACAUACAUCUUCAAUGUAUAAAUCUAUAUUUACUAACCACAGAUAUAAUAUCACAUACCUAAUCCAAAAUCACUAAUGAGAUGUGAUUAGUUGAACUUUA